CGGUGGCGGUAGGAACAGCUGGGGGAACCGCAAGUGAUCUCCCCUUGACUCCCACGUCGAAGGAGGAGGGGGCGGAGGGGGUGCGGGACGUACAGGCUAACGGAAAAGAUUCACAUACAACUACGCAAAAUAUCGGAAACGGACACGGACUUGGAGACGGCUCUCUUGUUUAUACGCACACGCACGAUGUAACUGGUAACUGCAAUGGUGAUGAACCUGGAAAACUCGAUGUUUCUCCUACUGGCGACGACAAUACCAACAUGCAAUCAUAUACGCAAUCUCAAUCUCAAUUUCAAGCUAGAGCUGGCGCAGACUUGAUCGAAUUGGAACUCGGGGGCGCGGGCUCGAACCCGGUGAACGAGAACGAGAACGCGGGCGCGGGCGCCGAGGAGAAGGAGGCGGGCGACUCUGAGGAGAAUGAAGCGCCGGUGGUUUCGAUUGCUGGUGUGGAGGUGAAGGACGAGGAACCGGCUGCUGGCAGCGAGGAGCCGUCGACACCGACAGGCCUCGGUGGUGAUGACGCAGGGCGUCAGGACGGCGGGGAGAAGGCGAAGAGCGAGGAGGUGGCUGGCGGGGACGGAGACGCCAAGGUUCAAGAGCCUACAGCGACGGAACCCGAGCUCGGCGCUGCUCCCUCUCAGGCUGUUCCCUCGCCUCAAUCUAGCGGUGCUUCGGAAGAGCAACGGCAGGACGACCCAGCGGACGACAAAGACGACGGGAAGCAGAGCGCCGACCAGUCCUUCGCGACCGCUUCAGAGCAAGCUGAGCACAAGCCAGACUCGCUCCUUGUCCCCGGCACCCAGGAGGAGAACGCCACCGACGGUGAGGCCAGCGACGCGACCGCCGCUGAGUUCGAGGACUGGGAGUCGACGACGGAGGGCCCGCUAGGCGAGGACCAGGUCUUGGACGAGCCGGAAGCGGCGCCCGAGGCGAAGGACCAAAGUGGACCGUCAGAGCCUGCGAUAGCCGCAUCCGGCGAGGAUGAGAACAAGGCGCAAAGCAAUCCUUUGGGAGACGCUGAAGGUCAAACAUCGGAGCCUAUGGCGGCAGCAGUCGACGUGCGACAGGGCGAAGACGAGGACAAGACGCAAAGCCGCCCUUCGGACGUGCCAGAGAUCUUGAUUUCCACUGCGGAGAGCCCGACGACUACCCCCGAGGCCUCUGGCGAUAACGUCGAUGCGACCGUCCCUACGGGAAACACGCCCACGGCCGAGGUGCCUACUCCAGAGGCGUCGACCACGACAGAGGUGGAAACCACGGCUGUCGACAAACCAGAGGAAACGCAGGACCAAGAAGUCGUCGAGCCCAGCGCGGAGAAGGUCUUGCCCGCCACUCCAAUGGAGAAUAUGUCUGAGGCAAAGGUCGAGGAAGGAGGGGAGUCGGGGCUGGGUGACGAAACCCUCUUGGACGUCGAUGCUGAACCUAGUGCCGCUGCGAAGUCGCCCGAAGCUACCUCCCCGAGCGCCGAUGCCAGCUUGGCCGCUGCUACUGCCGAUGCGCCUGCAACACCAAAUCCGGACGGUCAGCCAGAGACUCCUUCGGCGGUCGUCCCCGCGCAGGCGUCUAAAGAAACUCAAGGAGAUUCCGCCGCGUUGCCCUCGCAGCAAGCUUCGCCUGAGAAUCAGGAGGCGCAAAGUAGCUCUUCUGGCACCCCCGUAGGAAACAUUGCUGAGGCUGCAAGUGACGAUCUCGUCGCCUCCGUGGAUGUAAAACAAACCGAGGACCGUCUUGACGCUGAAGCUCUCGUAUGUUCGGGCGCCACGCCCACUGCGGAGACACCAGUGGAGACUGCUGGCGAAGGUGCGCCCGAGGUCGUCGGUGAAGCUGCUGAAGACGACCAAGUGAAUGGGGAGGAGGAGGCUCAGAACGAAGGCGCAGAAAAGGAAGAAGGGACUAAGCCGGAGGAAAGUGUUAAUGCUCUUGAAGAGCGGCCGCCCCCUAGCCUCAAAGGCAACGCUCUCAAAAAGUGGAAGAAGAAGCAACGGGAUCGGGCUGCUGCACUAACAUACGCAGCAGACGACAGCCGGCCGGCUUCGAGAGCCGAGCCGCAGACCCCGGGUGGUGGCGACGAUGACGAGCAGGGUUGCGGAAAUUAUAAGCAAGACGAAGCAACCAAACAACCGCAGGAGUCCGGAGGAGGUGCUAUUGACGAGCAGCCCCAGGCUGCUCGCAAGGAGUUGAAGGCGUGGAAGAAGCAGCGGGAGGACAAGAAGGGUCAGGCCGCCACACCAAACGACACUAUUACCUCUCCAGGACCAUCCAAGGGAGAAAAACCUCCGUCAAACCUCAAAGGAAAGGAGCUGAAGCAGUGGCAUGAAGAGCGAGAGCAACAGCAUAAGCCAGCAAAAGAUGGUAAAGGUGCUCAGGACGAUCCCAAGGGCAACACGGACAUCAAAUCCUGGAUCAAGGGUCAGAGGAAUAAAAAAAGCGGACGUCCGUGACAGUAGUUCCGUAAAUCUAAGCCCGCCUAGACUGGACGACUCUCGACUUCUCGCAUUGCAUCUUACACGUACACGCACCUCUAUAGUUACGUACCUCUACGACACUAAUGGUCUUACGGUCCCCGACGAGUCUUAUGUAUAUACCAUGACAAUGAUGAUACCGCUGCGCCUGCUGGACUUCGG